AUGUUUAGCAACUGGUGGCCCCUGUUUGUCGUGGCAACAUACGUUUUGGCACCUUUGCCCAACGCCGUUUUUGGACGAUAUGCUGGACGCGAUGAUGUGAUGUCGGACUACCAAGGAGGAAUCGCUGACGCUGGAUACUUCUUGACUGGAUUGAUGAUCAUCACUGGCUUCUGCUUACCCGUUGUCCUUGCCCAUGCCGGUGUCAUCACCGUCCCCGCCAUGAUCAUGAGUAUCUCGGGAGGUCUUUUGAUCUACGGCACAAUCAUCUCAUAUUCGCGCUUCUUCUCUGAGGAAGAGGACUUUUAA